GGCAAUGACGCAGCUAGUGAGGUUAUAACCGAGGCGCGUCAAUUGCUGGUUGAAAACUAUUUCCAAACCCCCUCUUUGGCCGGGGUUUGACCCUGCGCCAUCGAGAAUUUCUGGAAGGGCUCCCUCUAACCCAGGGUAAAGCCCUACAAUCCUCAAUUCUAAAUUACUUCUAAUGAGUGCAGUCUCUCUGUAGCUUCAUUGAUUGUGAUGCAGAGAGGGUUUUUCUUGGUCUAAGCGAGAGGUUCGUCUGCCGGUGGUAUUGCUGUGGGCUAAAACGGUGGUGGGUCUUCUUCAUAGGAGGCCGGAUUUCGCCGAAUUCCGACGUUGUUUAUGUUACAGAACACGUCAGAUUUACUCCAUUGUUUCUGAAGGUUAAGGUAUUGUUUAGGCGUUUUGGACGGAGUAGGAGACGCCGGUGCCCCCGUCACAAUGCGGUGGUCAGGUGAUGGAAGGGAAGCGAAGCGUGUUCCCUGUCUUGUUUGAUUCAGGCGAGACCCGUCAACCAUUUACUUUCCAAAGUUCCGAUCUCACUAGAUGGUAAUGUGCAUUCAUAUCUCUUGACGGAGCGAGCGCGAAGCGUCGGGUCUCACGUCGAACCGGCGCAGCUUUGGUCACCUCCCCCGCGAGGGCCUCGCAUCUCUCAUUUCGAAGCCUCAGAAAUCGUCACUCAUGUCUUCUUCUUGCUUAUUGCGCUCGUACCUUCGUCUCCGCCUCUUCUCGCUCCUCAGGAGGAGUGGACCGACGACGGCUGCUGUCCAUCCUUUCGCGCCUCACCGGUCUGCGCGCAUGUGCCAUAUGUCGCCCUGCGUCAGCGGCCAAUUCUGUUUCGGUGCGGUCGAUUUUGAUUGCAGCUUGCUAUUGCCGCCUCUUCUCUAAUCUUUGACGUGCGUUGUAUAUAGAUAUUAUGUUUGCAUCGUUGAAGUAGCUGCAGAGCCGAUAUCAGUGGCCGCCCUUCACAGUCAUCCAUGAGCGCCGUCAGCGAUCGAUUCUUUUGAGGUCAAUGUCAUCGAACGCGAAUGCUGAAGAAGCUGUAAUGCCGAGAUCAGUGGCCGUCACCGUCGCCCAUGAGCUCCUUACAGCUGGACAUCGUUACCUUGAUGUCAGGACUGUGAAGGAGUUCAGUGGUGGGCAUGCUGUUGAAGGUUGUUUAAGCGGAAAACGGUCACUGAUGGCUGCAUCAGAGCUUUCAAAUGCUGGUUUUACUGGCAUCACAGAUGUUGCAGGUGGUUUUUCAGCAUGGGUGGAGAAUGGACUUCCGACAGAGCAGAAAGAGCCUGUUAGACAAUCCACAUGCUUUCUUUAGAAAUUUGGAUGGCAUAAGACCUCCUGCAGCAAGUCGAGGAGGAGGCGUUGAUCAAUGGAGCUGCAGCUUUCACUUUGGCUGAUAACCAGUAAAGCUUCCUACAAUAACCAUGAGGAUAGAUGAGGUUACAUUUGGAGAAGAAGAAGAAGAAGAAGAAACUAAGCAGUUGUAGCAGCAACUCGCUCGAGUGGAAGAAAGCUGAAGGGAUGAAAGAGUACUAAGAUAUUGGCACGGCUCAAUCAGAGAACAAAGCAUGAGGACUUUGCAUUGCCUGAGUAGUGCAUGCACUCUGAGUGAGCCGAGCCGACAUCAUAGUAACUAUCUCAAGGUGAUGUUAUCCUCAUCCAUUGUUACUGCACAAGCAUGCCUUCUCUUCUGUCCCUACAGGGAGAGCUGGAAGAAGAAAAAGGAGGAAGUUUCUCUUCUCUGCAGAGAAGAUGGAAGCUUGAGACAUGGAGAGCAUGCAGAGGAAGAGAGAGAGAGGGAGAGGGGGGCGAGAGGUGGUGGAGGAAAGGACUCAUGCGUCGGAAUUUAAGGAGGUUGAAGGGGUGGGGGUGGCAUUUAAGUCUCCCGACAACCCGAGGAGGAAGACAGGCUGCAGCAUUAAUAGUAAACCUCUCUCUCUCUCUCUCUCUCAUAUAUGCAUCCAAAUGGUACAUGAAGUUCUCACUUCAACAGCUUUUGAGAUUUAGCUUCUUCAGAAACCAAGUGCUGCCGUCUGAUCAGCGAAGGCCACUACAAAUACAAAUAUUAUGGUGAAAAUGAGAGACAAAGAGCAUAUAAUGAUGUUGAUGCUACUGAAUGAUGAAAUUAAAAUUG